GCGCACAGGCGGCGCGGCCGGCACGCGGCGCUCGCGCUCCCUGCUUAAAUGAGCCUGGUCGCCCCGCGCCCUCUACUUCAGUAGAUCCCGCGCCGGGGCCGCGCUUGUAGCUGACGGCUCGUCCCACGCCGCGCGCCCGCCCUCCUCGGCCCCCGGGCGGUCGAUGGGACUAGGCGCCGCGGAGCAGGAGGCGUCGCUCGUCGGGGGGACUCGGGCAUGGCGGGCCGCAGGACCUGAGCCCUGCCCCGCGGGGAGGCACCUGCUGGCCGGCGAUGAGGAUGGAGCGGGGCCGCCGCCGCUGCGUCGGGCCGUGAGCCCCGCGCUGCAGCCGCCUCAGCCUCUUGCGAAGCGCCGGGCAGCUCGGGAACAUGGCCCUUCAGCGGCUCUGCUCGGUCCUCAAAGUGUUGUUAAUAACAGUACUGGUAGUGGAAGGGAUUGCUGUGGCCCAAAAAACCCAAGAUGGACAAAAUAUUGGAAUCAAGCAUAUUCCUGCAACCCAGUGUGGCAUCUGGGUUCGAACCAGCAAUGGAGGUCAUUUUGCUUCACCAAAUUAUCCUGACUCAUAUCCACCAAACAAGGAGUGUAUCUACAUUUUGGAAGCUGCUCCACGUCAAAGAAUAGAGUUGACCUUUGAUGAACAUUAUUAUAUAGAGCCAUCAUUUGAGUGUCGGUUUGAUCACUUGGAAGUUCGAGAUGGGCCAUUUGGUUUCUCUCCUCUUAUAGAUCGUUACUGUGGUGUGAAAAGCCCUCCAUUAAUUAGAUCAACAGGGAGAUUCAUGUGGAUUAAGUUUAGUUCUGAUGAAGAGCUUGAAGGACUGGGAUUUCGAGCAAAAUACUCAUUUAUUCCAGAUCCAGACUUUACUUACCUAGGAGGUAUUUUAAAUCCCAUUCCAGAUUGUCAGUUCGAGCUCUCGGGAGCUGAUGGAAUAGUGCGCUCUAGUCAGGUAGAACAAGAAGAGAAAACGAAACCUGGCCAAGCUGUUGAUUGCAUCUGGACCAUUAAAGCCACUCCAAAAGCUAAGAUUUAUUUGAGGUUUCUAGAUUAUCAAAUGGAACACUCAAAUGAAUGCAAGAGAAACUUCGUUGCAGUCUAUGAUGGAAGCAGUUCUAUUGAAAACCUGAAGGCCAAGUUUUGCAGCACCGUAGCCAAUGAUGUAAUGCUUAAAACAGGAAUUGGAGUGAUUCGAAUGUGGGCAGAUGAAGGUAGUCGGCUUAGCAGGUUUCGAAUGCUCUUUACUUCCUUUGUGGAGCCUCCCUGCACGGGCAGCACUUUCUUUUGCCAUAGCAACAUGUGCAUCAAUAAUUCUUUAGUCUGUAAUGGUGUCCAAAAUUGUGCAUACCCUUGGGAUGAAAAUCAUUGUAAAGAAAAGAAAAAAGCAGGACUCUUUGAGCAAAUUACUAAAACUCAUGGGACAAUUAUUGGCAUUACUUCAGGGAUUGUCUUGGUCCUUCUCAUUAUUUCCAUUUUAGUACAAGUGAAACAGCCUCGAAAAAAGGUCAUGGCUUGCAAAACUGCCUUUAAUAAAACCGGGUUCCAAGAAGUGUUUGAUCCUCCUCAUUAUGAACUGUUUUCAUUAAGGGACAAAGAGAUUUCUGCAGACCUGGCAGACUUGUCAGAAGAAUUGGACAACUACCAGAAGAUGCGGCGCUCCUCCACUGCCUCCCGCUGCAUUCACGACCACCACUGUGGGUCGCAGGCCUCCAGCGUCAAACAAAGCAGGAACAACCUCAGUUCCAUGGAACUUCCUUUCCGAAAUGACUUUGCACAACCACAGCCAAUGAAAACAUUUAAUAGCACCUUCAAGAAAAGUAGUUACACUUUCAAACAGGGACACGACUGCCCUGAGCAGGCCCUAGAAGACCGAGUAAUGGAGGAGAUUCCCUGUGAAAUUUAUGUCAGGGGGCGAGAAGAUUCUGCACAAGCAUCCAUAUCCAUUGACUUCUAAUAUUCUGCUAAAGGUGAUGUGAAUUCUUAAGUGUGUAUGUAUGCAGCCUCCUGGACACCAUACUGUUUCCAGCAGCCAACCCUUUUCUCCCAUCACAGCUAUGAAGACCUUGAUUUACCAUUAACCUAUCAUUAUGGUGAUGUUUUUAUUCUUUCAGGCAGUCUAUAUAUGUUAAACCAAUCAAGGAACUUACUCUAUUCAGUGUGAACAAUAAUCAUCAUCUAUUGCUUUGUGUCAUUUAUAGAAAGCACCCAGUUAAAGAGCAUUGGAAGAGGUGGUUGGAUGGAGCCAGGCUCAGGCUGCCUUUUCGUUUUAGCAGGAGGAAUACUGCUCUUGACUGAUACGGCUCUGUCAAUAUUUUGAUCCUACAAUAAACUAAGAUUUUUCUUUACAUUCCUUUUAUUUUUCUUUUCUCCAGAUUUGAUGUUUUAUAAGCCCAUAGUUUUACCAUUUCAGUUUCUUAUAUAAAUACAAGUGGUUAAUGUACCACAUACUUCAAUAUAGGCAUUUCUUCUUGAAUGUGUCAAAAUACAGCUAGUUACUGUGCCAAUUAAGACCCAGUUGUAUUUCAUCCAUCUGUUUCUUCUUGACUAAUCUCUGUACUUCUGCCUUUUAAUUACUGGGCCCUUAGUCCUUAUUUUCUGUGAGAAGUAGUAGAUGAUAUGAUUUAUCACCUUUCAAUUAAAUUUUUUCUCAGUUAUACUAGAAAAUUUCAUAAUCCUGGAUUAUAUGUACCAUUGCCAGCUGUGACUAAAAAUGCGAAAAAGAUAAAAACUUGUAGCAAGCCUUUGAAGUUUCCCAAGUAUGGUCACAUUCAGUGAUAGCCCAUUCAUUCCAGCAAACAGUCAUUUCAUUCACUUUGGGAGAGGCCUAUAAUUACAUAUAUUUGCAAUGUUUCUCUUUGCUAGAUUGUUACAUAGCUCCCAUUCUAUUGGUUUUGCUUACCGCAUAUGGUAACCAAGGUUGGAUGGAGUUAAAGGGAAUUUUUUAGAAACUGGGUGAGCCUUGAGAUGGCUUCUUACCUGGGACAGGACAUUUUUCUAGCUCUUAAGAAAAACAACGUCCACUUUUUUUUAACCUGCACUUCUGACUUUUUUUAUGGUAUAUAAAAAUAAUUUAUAAACAUAAAAGUUCAUUGUGUUUUUUUAGACUUUUGAUAUUAUUUGAUACUGUACAAACUUUAUUAAAUCAAGAUGAAAGACCUACAGGGCAGAUUCCUUUCAGUGUUCACAUCAGCGGCUUUGUAUGCAAAUAUGCCAUGUUGGACCUGGACACUAUAACUUAUUGUAAAGACCUUGGUAAUGUGGACAUAAGCUCUUUCUUUCCUGUUGUUACUGUAUUUAGUUUGUGAUAAAUUUUUCACUGUGUGAUAUUUAUUGCUCUGAAUCACUACACAAAUCCUAUAUUAAAAUAUACAUUGUACAUGAUCCUUUAAUCAUGUUAUUUAUGCCACUGAGGUUGUGGAUCUUAAGAUAUGUGCAGAAAGGAACUCAUUUAUCAAAUUGUAAGUAAUACAGACAUGCCAUUUAAAAGAGGUAAAUUCCUGUUUUCUAUAUUUUGGUAGUAAAUUCUCAAUGAAAUAA